UCGCGUCUUUGUUGAAUAACAGAUAUUAAAGCUUGAAGCUUGAAAGAGAAGAUAAUUGGUUUUCGCUCACAGACGACGUUACGGUAUAGGUGGCGAUGAAAGUAUUUCGCGAUUGAUACGGUUUUGCGUGGUUCCACGACAGAUCACUUUUUUUCGCCUAAAAUCAUGAGGUUCAGUGUGCUCGCUGUACUGUGGUUCGGCUUUUUUGGUGUCGCACUUCCUGAUGCAGUUGGCGACGCCGGCGCUAUGAUUUCGGAAACUCAUGCACUGAACGCGUUGGACUCGCCCAUCGGCAAAACUGAAGCUCCGUAUUUGGAAAAACCCUCACCGAGUGCCGUAAACGACACGUCGAGCCCCGACACGAAAGAUUUUGUCAGCGGGUUGCAUAACGGAGUGGAUUUGAAGCAUCUGCCCCAAACACUCUCCGACCUAGCGCUCCAACCCACCGACAGCGAAAUCGAGACUAAUGCAUCAAAAUUCCAACCCGAACCACCUCCAUCCAUCCACAAACCUCCAAAAAAUGCCUCCGAUUUAAACGUUAUGGAGGAUCUAACUUUUAAAGAUCAGAUUUUACCAGAAAUGACGACCCAACUGGCGGUGGACAACGAAAAAUACCCACAUUUUAAACACUAUCCAGGUAUAACCGAAAAUAUUCCGAAAUUAACAAUCCCGGUUGGCUUUAGCCCGACAACGCUCAACGAUUUCAUUAGGCAGUUAAUUCAAAACGUAACCCAAAAGAAUCCCAUUCGAGCGCCAUCUGUACCUGACGGUCCGUACCUACUCACGGUUCCUCACACCAUUCGCAACGCGCCAUCACAAGAGGGCGCAUUCGAUUCGACCAAUAUUAGCAGGAUCGUUGAGCCAGAAUUAGUGUCACUAAACGACACAGUUACUGUGGCCGAAAAUAAAUUAUCUGUAAUUGCCUCUAGCACUCAAGCUACUAAUCAGUCGAACUCAACUAACAUAUCGCACGAGACGCAAUCUAUCGGAUCCAGAGGCUAUUUAAGUCCCAUUCUCCCAUUAAAUGUCACCUUGAGAGACAGGAACGAGGAAAACAUACCACGGCAAGUUACCCACAAAAGAGACGUAAAGACUCCGGAAAAUUCUACUGCGGUCGAAGCCCAAUCCAAACCAUCGAGGCCUGAAACUGUGAAGUUAGACCUUCAAGUGGAAGAUGAAUCUUCAAAAUCGGAAAGUCAAGGUACCCAGAACUUCCCGCCUAUUCCUUCGAUCAGUAUGUUCGCCCCUGCAAAGCUGUUUAUGAAUGGUUUAAAAAGUAUCAAAGAUUUCGCCGACAGCCAGUUCCAAACCGCGCAAAGUGCAGUUCAGGAGACAGCUCAAAAUUUCGGGGAUUUCGCCUCCAACGGUUUCAACGUUGCACAGAAAACCGCAGAGGACACCGCGAGAGUGGCCACUGAAGGAAUGAACAUUGCCAGGGAUGAUGUUAAUAAACAAGGCGGUAACUUGGGGAGUUUGACGUAUAGACAGAUCGAGACUACCGGCAAGGCGUUAGGCCAAACUGUGGGUAAUUUCGGCAAGUUGGUUAGCGGCGCUUUUGGUACGGCGUCGAAUGAUAACUCGCCUGUGGGAAUGAGGUGGGAACAAGGCGGACCGAUAAUGAGAAGCCUAGGCGGUCUUUUUGGGGGCAUCGCGGGUGGCAGAGGCGGCGGAUUUUUGUUUCCGGGACCAUCUUAAUAGUGUAUCAUAGUAAAAUGCAAUAAAAUGGACAAUAAAUUGAAUUAUAAAAUUGAUUGUUUAAGCUUCCUUGUGAAGCCAGGCGUGAACCAAUAUUUAUCAUAUCUGUGCUUUCCGCAAUAUUAUGAUCUUGUUACGGGCAGAGAAAAAUAAGCACAUUUUCUUCGGUCAGGGUACGGUUGGAAUGUCACCUUUUAUUUCAAAAAUAA